GAAUAAAAGUGACAGCUCCCAAAAAAUUCGAUAUCAAAAAUGACGUGGAGAAAUAGGUUAUGAGUUUGUGUAUUAAUUUAUUUACAAUUAAUAUUAAUUGAACUAGUAGUGAAAUAUAUUUUAGACCCAUCUUAGUUAUAUAACACACAAAAUGAUUGAUAUAACGGAUACCCAGAAAAUCGGCGUCGGCCUGGCCGGCUUCGGUAUGACGUUCCUCUUUCUGGGCGUGUUACUGUUGUUCGACAAGGGAUUACUGGCUAUUGGUAAUAUCCUGUUCAUCAGUGGCCUGGCUUGCGUCAUCGGUCUUCAGCGGACGUUCUUCUUCUUCUUCCAGCGGCACAAAGUGAAGGCCACGGUGGCUUUCUUCGGAGGCAUUCUUAUAGUGCUGGCCGGAUGGCCUAUGAUCGGGAUGGUGGCUGAGAUUUACGGGUUUCUCUUGCUGUUCAGGUAUGCUUAG